AUGGGAUCUCUACUGUGUCACUACUGGUGGCUGCACAUUUCUCACUUCGAUCGAUUCAGGCACCUUCAAUCCGUGCAACAGACAAAAACACAAAUUAGACGCAAUCAUAAUAUCCUUCUCUUCCGGAUCUACCAUCGCGGCGAUGUCUUCGACAUUAGCAAUCCACCCUCACCGGGUUUCCCAUUGGUCUCUGCCCUGGUGGCCUACUACCAACAACAGCGGCCCUUUACCAGCAUUGACGCACCCAUCCCGAGGCUAUUGUAUCCUGUGGUGCGAAACAAUCUACUUGAAUUGCCACCAAACCUAGUGUCCGUGAGCUCAGAUCAGAUCGUCAAGAGUUUGCUGACUGCAUUGCGAUCUACCUCAAUAGAGUUGAAUCAGUUACAGGUCGACGAGUUAAAUCACCGAUCGAGUGAAUUAAUGCACCAAAUGGCUGUGACAGCCAGUCAGAUUCUGGCCCUUAAACGUGCAAGGGAAUGGCUGAAGAAGACGAACUCACAACUCUCUAUCAACCAAAAGACUGUUAAGGGUGUCAGUCAAGAAGCGUUGGAAAAACAUGCUAACCUCUUGGAACAACGUCUGACUUGGACCAAAUCAGCUCGUCAGGCUAAACGCCAACAGCACAAAAGCCUAAUUGACCGGAUCCGUGAGGUCUCCGAGAGCCUGGUGGUACUCUGCUCCCAAAAACACCAAGUCGGCCGUCGCAUGCAGGAGAUUAGACGCGAACUUAAACGUCGUGGUAUCUCUGAUGAAGUCAUCUUUGCUUGUGACUCAGGCGCCACGGAUUCCACCACAUUGACGGUAACGACUGGGACGAUGGAAAGUGCGGAUAGCGGUUUGCAGUCAUCUUCGACUUCAGCGCUGGCAUUGCCACCCUUGGAGCGCUCUACGUGGUUCGCGGAGAUGACGAGGCAGGAAGCCGAGGAUGUGCUGUUCAACAAACCCUCAGGCACCUUUCUCAUUCGACCCUCAGCCAUGGCCAAUAGAUUCGCCUUGUCUAUUAAAACUGGCCUCACUGUCCAGCAUUGUCUCAUCUACAGUGGCCGUGCUAAUGACGAUAGUGGUGACGCAACGUCACGUUGGGGCUUCUCAGAGAAGUCACUAGUUUUUUCCUCCCUAGAAGAUUUGGUUGCCUUUUAUCGGACUACCAGUCUGGCUAAAUACAAUGCUCUCUUGGACACAACGCUUGCCCUACCGGCCUUUGCAUUGACAUCCACUUCACCAUUAGAAAAGACGCCAACGAAGUCGGUGCCGAAUUAG